AUGUCGCUUCUUAACUAUAUCUAUCUCAAGAUUGCAGCGACCGUUGUGAGACUCUUUGUUCGAAUGGCAGGAAAGAUCACCUCAAGCCCCGAUGUGAUCCGUACCAUCCCCUCGCGCGACUCCAAGCGAGUCAUACCGAUCCACAUCUAUAAACCGACACGGCAGACAUCUGAAGACCAACCUACCCCAGUCCUGAUCAACUUCCACGGCAGCGGGUUCAUGAUUGCCACUCAUGGCAGUGAUGACGCUUUCUGUCGACAAGUCAGCCGUCAGACACACUACACGGUCGUGGACGUUUCAUAUCGGCUUGCACCAGAGUACCCUUUCCCGGCGGCGCUCGAGGACGCCGAAGACGCCAUCGACUGGGUGCUGGGUCAAAAGAAACUAUUUAACACGUCGCAGGUAGCUCUGUCUGGGUUCAGCGCGGGAGGAACUAUCAUUCUAAGUCUCGCGAGUACAAUCUAUUCUCCCGAAACCUUCUACUCCGUCGUAGCCUUCUAUCCCGCUGUGGACUGGACGAUCGACGCGAGAGCUAAGAAGGCGCCGAACCCCAAUGGUCAGUCCAUUCCUAUACGGAUGAUGCGCCUGUUUUCGGAUGCUUUAUUUCAGAGUCAAGUAGACUUUGCGAGCCCAUAUGUGUCUCCGCUGUAUGCCGACCCGGAAUGUUUCCCGGAUCGACUGCUGAUUGUCACGGCCGAUGGGGACUGUCUUGCACCAGAAGCGGAAGCGCUGGUAGAAAAGCUGCAGACUCGGACACAUGGUCAUGUUAUUCACUUUCGGGCGCUUGGUUGCAACCAUGCUUGGGAUAAGGUUGCAAAGACGAUGACCGGGACAAUCAUGAGAAGGAACGCUUAUGCUUUAGCCGUGGACAUGCUUAAUUCAUGA